AUGCAGACAACUUCCAAACAGAUCAAGAAAGCUGCUGGAAUGCAUUGCAUCAUGGUCAUCGGUGAAACUGGCAUAGGCAAGAGUACCAUCCUCACUGCCAUGAUCAAAGGAAUGUCUUCCUUGCAUGCAAAGAAAGAAAGAGGCGCUGUCCACCUCGUAUCAGAGGGCGAUCCCAUCACUGAUGACCAUGGCAACGAGAUCUUCGUCAUCGGACAUGACCGCGGAAAGUCGCAGACUGACGUGCCAGGCGUGUACAGAGACGCCAAACGGAAGGUGGCGAUCUGUGACUGCCCCGGCUUCAAGGAUACGCGUGGCAAGACAUUCGAGAUCGCCAACGCCAUCAACAUCAGCGGGAUCAUCACCGUCGCUAAGUCGGUCACCAUCGUCGCCGCCUUCCCCUACGCCAGCAUCGCUUCUGCUGAGGGACGCGGGGAUGUGCUGAGAGAGCUGCUGCAGAGCCUGCGGUCCAUCUUCUCCGUCAAGGACGAGGACCUCUCCGGCCUGGAAGCUGUCAUCCCCCUCGUGCUCAAGACACCCAAGCUUGAUGAGGGCGGGGACCAGGUCACCAUCGAGAACCUGCGCGAGAUGUUCCUCUCCCUGCUCAGCUCCAACAGCGACGACAAGAUGGCUUGCGAGACUCUCGCCAAGAACCUGGUGGCCACAAGCGCGAUGCAUGCCUUCAAAGAGGACACAGGGCUCACCAACGCAGACGACCUGAUGGAUCUCUUCCAAACGACUCGCUGUCGGGUGUACGAAGCCUUGCACCUGGGCUUGCCUCUCACUCAAUCCAUCCAGUCGGAUCUGAAGUCAAUUCUUCGUAGAGUCAAACGAAAUGCAGCCAGAAAGAUUGAAACUAGAUUUGAACAAACAACUGCAACGCGCGAAGAUUUUGCAGCUGCAUGUGAAGAGGAAAUGAACCUCCUAAAGGUGCUCAGGAAGUGCAAAGUGCCUGGAGCUGACAGAGUCAUUGCUGAAGUGAAAUCCCUUCAACGCAACUUUACCCAGUGCCUCCUGGAACGAAACAGUGAGCAUUACGUUGCGAAGCUUGUGAGGGAGGUGGAUACCGCGAUCGCCAAGAUCGAUUCGGAUGUGUGGGAGAUGAUCGGGCACGACUUGGACUCUGUCCAGCUUCCUGACUUCAAUCACUUGGGGAUGCUCAAGAUGAGCAUCAAAGUCGACCCUGACAUCUCUGAGUCACAACGCUCAGAUCUCCUCGCCAAGAUUCGAACCACCCGGCAGAAAGCGAUGCAGAUGUUCUUCAAUGCCAUGAGUCAGAGAACUGACAGGUGUGUCCGAUCCUUUCACUACAAGGUGAUGGAGCAGGCCAACCCCGACGUGGACGCUAUGUACAGAGACAUGCUGCAGGGCCUGCAGAACGAUGUCGAGCGGUGUGAGCUUGUUGAACACGAUAAGAAACACUUGCUUGAGAGGCUUGCGACGGCAAAGCGAGAAGCGUUGAAACAAAGGGAAAGAAUCUCGUCUGUCGAUCCAAAGUGGAAGACCAAAAUGCUUCAGGUGAACAAACAUUUCAGCACAGCAGAGAGAAAUCUAAGGUCAACGCUCGACAGAAAGAUCAACAGGCAAGACUUCUCGCCGCUUGACAUGUCACCCCUGGACAAAGUCAGAAAGGAGAUACAGUCCUCGCAAAAAACCCUCGACGAGGCCUCGCUGAGCAUACUUACCAACCAAGUCGACAAGCUUCAAAGUGAUCUCUCCUCCAGGCUCCAGAGCGCUAAAGAAGUCGCCCAGCUCAGCCAAGAACGUAAAGCCAACCAGCAGGCCAAUCAGCUCAUGCUGGAGCUGCACGAGGCGCUGCUGGAUUACGAUAUGGCGGUAGAGAGACUGAUCGCCUCGGAGCGGUUCGGCAGUCCCAACGGCUCUAAGCUGCAGCAGAUCAAGACCAAGAUGGAGCAGAUGCAGGACAGCAGGUACGACGGUCUCAUCCAGCAGGUCAACGACAAGAUCCGCUCGUCUGCCGACAAGAUCGGCAAGGCCAAGCUCGAGUAUGACGUGCAGAUCCUGGCAGAGAAAGUCAACAGCCUGACCGACGAGAUCAAGAACAGCUCUUACCGAGCUCACCCCCCGCCCGUGUUUCCCUUCACUCAGCAAGUCGGCGCGCUUCGUCGUGACAUCGCCAGCCUCGAGAGCUCGAGCGGGAAGCAGCUGAAGCACUUGUCAUCCAGACUCACUGGCGCCGUUGACCAGUGGCAACAGAUGGGCAAGGAGAAGAGAGACUCAGCAGCUGUCCAGCAGAGAGAGCAGAAGGCGUACGAGGAGUAUGAGAGGUUCCGCGAAGAGAUCAAACGCGCCAAGGCAGCGUACAAGAAAGCACUUGACGACAACAUCAAAAAUCAGAAGUUUAUACUCCCAGAUGCGACCAACUUGAAUCAGCUCCUGACGACGAUUGAGAGGUCAACGAUCUUGCAAGGGAACGAGAAGAAACGAGAGCAGCUGGUGUCCAGCAUCUCCAGAGCCUUUGAUAGUGCGGAACAACUGUUAGAGGAGAAGAAGUUUUAG